CUGUUCCAGAUAAUUCAAUUUAUUUAAAUCCUGAAAACAGAGGUUAAUUCCAUACAAGGAAGAAACAUUAUGCCUUUUGGGUUGGUCUCCUCGUGGAACAAGCGCCGGAGAAGCAAGUCCCAAGAUCACACAGAUCCCUGGGUUUAUAAACCUGUAGAGUUUUGGCAACUCAAGGAUCAAACUCCCCAGGCAACAAAACGACAGCAUGGAUCUUCAGUUUUCACACUCAAGGAAAUGGAAGAAGCAACUUGCUCUUUUAGUGAUGAACAAAUGCUUGGAAAAGGAGGAUUUGGCCGAGUUUAUCGGGGCACUCUGCGGUCAGGAGAGGUUGUAGCAAUCAAGAAAAUGGAGCUGCCACCAUUUAAAGAAGCAGAAGGAGAGCGAGAGUUUCGUGUAGAAGUUGAUAUCUUGAGCAGGCUCAACCACCCAAAUCUGGUAUCCUUGAUCGGAUAUUGCGCUGAUGGGAAGCACAGGUUUCUAGUGUAUGAAUAUCUGCAAAAUGGGAAUCUGCAAGAUCACUUAAAUGGAAUUGGGGAGGCAAAAAUGGAUUGGCCCUUAAGGCUCAAAGUGGCACUUGGAGCAGCAAGGGGACUUGCUUAUCUCCAUUCCAGUUCUGCAGUUGGGAUACCAAUUGUUCACAGGGAUUUUAAAUCCACUAAUGUUCUCCUAAAUGCUAAUUUUGAUGCCAAGAUUUCUGAUUUUGGGCUUGCUAAGUUGAUGCCGGAGGGCCAGGAGACGUAUGUAACAGCUAGGGUUCUUGGCACAUUUGGCUAUUUUGACCCAGAGUAUACAUCGACGGGGAAACUCACUUUACAAAGUGAUGUUUACGCAUUUGGAGUGGUUCUUCUUGAGCUUUUGACAGGACGCAGAGCUGUGGACUUAAACCAGGGACCAACCGAUCAAAACCUUGUACUACAGGUUAGGCAUAUAUUGAAUGAUCGGAAGAAGCUACGUAAGGUGAUAGAUCCAGAGCUAAGUCGGAGUUCAUAUACAAUGGAAUCUAUAGCCGUGUUUGCAAACCUGGCAUCACGUUGUGUCCGUAUUGAGAGCAGCGAGAGACCCUCCAUGACUGAAUGCGCAAAAGAACUCCAAAUGAUAAUCUAUACAAAUUCAAUAGCCUUGGGCACACCAUUGCGUACAUUCAAAAUGGUCAAAUAGCCCCUGACGUAUUAUCAGCAGACAAACUGUUUACAUCAGUGGUAAAGGUUCUUUAUUUUCUUUCA